GCAUACAAAUAAGCUAAGUCAUAUAUGCUUAGCAAUGUGUUUAAUUUGUGUUUGGAUAGAUGUCUAGCUUGAGAUUUUUAUAGGAAAUUUUGUUUAUGAAUAAGCCUGGUUUUUCUUUUUGUGUUCUUUCCAAGCAAAGCUUCUGAACCCCAAAAACAAGGUUUUUUUUAGGGCGGAAAAUGUCAGAUGAAAUGAUGAUGAUUCCGGUGAGUUUUUCGUCAAUGGUUACAAACAAUGGAUAUGAUGCCGGUUUUGCUUCUUCUUCAGGGUUUUCUGUUGCUCAGCCAAAUGGUGAAGGAGGUCCGCACCCGUUACCGGAGAUCCUUUCAAACACGUCGGAAGGACUAAUGCAGCUGUCGACGAAGGCCAACUCCGGCAACAAUGACGACGACGAAGAUAACUCCGUUAAUGAUGAAGGCGCGAAUCAGCAGUCCAGCAAACGGUCGAAGCCUUACCACCGUCACACUCAGCACCAAAUCCAAGAACUGGAAGCGUUUUUUAAGGAGUGUCCUCACCCAACCGAUAAGCACAGGAAGGAGCUAGGUCGUAGGUUGGGAUUGGAGCCUUUGCAAAUCAAGUUUUGGUUCCAAAAUAAGCGCACCCAAGUGAAGACUCACAAUGAGCGUGAAGAGAACGAAACGCUUCGGGCUGAAGCUCAAAUGCUUCGGGCCGAGAAUGCCAGGUUGAGACAAGAAUUAGGCGACUUCACUUGCCCACACUGCAAUGGCCCGCUCAUCAUCGGAGAAGCGCCGUUUGAUGUAAAUGAGGCCCGAAUGGAAUAUGCUCGACUCAAGGCUGAGCUUGAUCGCGUUUCUUUGAUCGCUGCAAAGUAUGUGGGGGAGCCGCCAUUCACGACCUUCAACGUUUGCUCGCCUCCACCGACGCCCGGCGCGGGCAGUCAGCAUUUCGGAGCUCCAACGUCGGCGGGACAGUCAGCCGACAACGUUGGAGAGGCGUAUGGAAGCGGCGGAGAGACUCCAAGAAGCAUGAACUACUGCCCUGCUGAAGCUAACAAGUCAGUUGUAGCCGACCUUGCGGCGGCGGCCAUGGAGGAGUUAGUUGAGAUGGCAACAAUGAAGGAGCCGCUGUGGGUGCCCAGCAUCGACGCCACCACUACUUUGCUAGACCAGGACGAGUAUUUCCGGCUAUUUUCCACAGGAUUUUCACCAAAACCUCAAGGCUAUAAGACCGAGGCUUCCCGAGAAACUGAAAUCGUGAUUAUAAAUCACUUGCAUCUUGUUGAGACUCUGAUGAAUGUGAGUCAUUGGGCGGCCAUGUUUUCUAGCAUUGUGUCGAGAGCUGUCACUGUGGACGUUUUAUCAACUGGACAUCAGGCAGGAAGCUAUGAUGGAGCUUUGCUACUGAUUUACGCUGAAUUUCAAGUGCCAACUCCUCACGUUCCGACUCGCUACUGUUACUUCAUCAGAUACUGUAAAAACUUAGAAGGAACAUGGGCGGUGGUCGAUGUUUCCUUGGACCACAUUAAUCCGGUAGGCCUGUGCCGGAAAAGACCAUCGGGCUGCAUAAUUAAAGAAGUCCCCAAUGGCUACACAAAGGUGACUUGGGUGGAGCACGUAGAAGUAGAGGAUAAUGAAGUGCACAGUAACAUUUACAAGCCCCUGGUUGAUUCUUGCAUUGCGUUUGGAGCUAAACGUUGGGUGGCGACUUUGGAUCGGCAGUGUGAACGUAUGGCCUGCACAAUGGCUACAAACAUCUCGCCUACUGAUAAUCUGGCAAUAGCAUCUCCACAAAGCAGAAAGAGCAUCUUAAAGCUAGCGGAAAGAAUGGUGAUUAGCUUCUGCUCCGGUGUAAGCUCCUCCACGGCCCAUGAGUGGACGGUGUUGUCGGGAACCGGGUCCGAUGAUGUCAGAAUCAUGAUCAGGAAAAGCGUGGAUGACCCCGGCAGACCCUCCGGCCUUGUUCUCAGUGCUUCCACUUCCCUCUGGCUUCCCACCGAACCCAAAAGAGUUUUUGAUUUUCUCCGUACCGAACACUCUCGGAGUGAGUGGGACAUUCUUUCAAAUUCCGGCAUUGUCACGGAAAUGGCACACAUCGCGAACGGCAGGGAAACUGGGAACUGCGUCUCAUUACUGAGAGUGAAUAGUGGGGAUUGGAAUCAGAGCAACAUGCUGAUACUGCAAGAAAGCAGCACAGAUACUACGGCUUCGUUCGUGAUUUACGCUCCGGUUGAUAUUGUGGCGAUGAACAGCAUCAUCGGCGGCGGAGAUCCGGAGUAUGUGGGGCUCCUGCCGUCGGGAUUUGCAAUUCUCCCUGACGGACCACUUGCUGGUACAUCAUGCGGUUCUCUGCUGACGAUUUCGUUUCAGAUAUUGGUUGAUUCAGUCCCGACUGCAAAGCUUUCUGCGGGAUCCGUGGCGACGGUGAACGAGCUCAUACAUUGCACGGCCGAGAGGAUUAAAGCCUCUCUUUCUGACGUGCUAGGGACUUAUGGCUUUCAGUGAAGAGAGAUCGAUGGAAGAAUUAAACAAGUCAAGAGCGCACCUUAGAUUGGUUCCAAGCUAAGGUUCGUGAAUUGACUUCUUCAUAGGGCAGUUGGCAGGAGAAAAAGAGACAUGCUUUAUAUAUAUAGGAUCUUUGCCUAUUUUUGGGUUUUAUAUGUUAAGUUAAGACUCUUGUAAUGCA